CGAACGCCUUGCUUCCGCCAUGCGCAUCCUGUCCUGCUCCGCCGUCAUUCCCUUCCUUCUCUCGGCCCUGUGGCUGCCCCGCACGGCUGCCUCUCUGGGCUCUGCCUCGGAUUCGGGAUACUUCUAUCUCCAUCUGGACACCCCCAACCACCAGGCUGGUGGAUCCUCCAAGGAGAUAUCUUUGAGUCAGGCGACCUCGGUGCUAUCCCACAACCUGGCCAUCUCGCAUCUGGUCCACUCGCCUCUCCACAACGCCGACCAAGACCUGCGCGACUUGGCUCUCAACGACGACGCCAUCACCCAGUCGGCCUUCCACCAUCUGUUUAACCAGCCUCCGAACGCCCAUUUGCUGCUCUCGGUCCUGGGCACCUCCAGCGACAUUGACCGCCGUUCUACGUUCAAGGUCGACGUCUCGGCACCCACUUCGGCCGAUACUUUCUAUAGCUUCGUUGAUGAGCUUGUGGAGUUGUAUGCCUCAAGCUAUGGCGACUCGUCGAACAUCGUCAGCAUCUCGUCGGAGAGUCGAUCGCUUGCCAUCCCGCGUGUGACGCGAGUGAAUCUCGGUCAAAAGCGAUCCAUGGUCAAGGCGCCCCAAGCGGCACACGUCCUCGCCAACGAAAUCAGCAAACUAGCAAACCAAAUCGAGGCUGAGGAGCUCUCCUCAGUCGACGAGCACACCGUCUUUGACGCUACCAAAGAGGUCGACCGUGAUUUCCUCUUCGAGCUUGACUUCAACACUCAGUUCCUGCAGAAGGUCCCUCAGGAGGCAUUUGUAGAUUUUGGCCCACAGAAGAUGCCCGAUCUGAUCAGUAUCUCCUUCUCAAAGCUGAAUGCUGUUGCUACAGAAUACGGCACCGGAUCCAAGCAGUACACUACAGCUGUUGCCCUUGUGCACAAAGCUGUCUCCAAGAUCGAGAACCAGUUCCGCAGCCGCUACCAUGAUCUUGCAACUGUCGAAAUCCUGUAUAUCCCCCAGUCUCUUAUUGCUGGCGACGCCAAGAGCACCGAAACUUGGAGUCGCCUCUCGCGCCGUGCCCCGCAGAUUGACCCUAACUGUCUCACGUCGGUCAGCAGCUGCCAAACCUACUUCAACAACUGCUCCAACCACGGCGCGUGCACUAGUGUUCAGAAAGGAGCCAAGACCUGCUUUGUCUGCAGCUGCUGGAGAAACAACACAGACGAUAACGGCGCAGCGAUCCCCGGAUUCACCAAGCCCGUCAAGUGGGCUGGUCCGUACUGCGCUGUCCAGGAUGUCAGCGUUGACUUUCAGCUUGUCUUCUGGACCUCGGUUACCCUUGCGGUCAUUCUUGUGUUCGCUGUCGGCGGCGUUUACUCGCUCAACGACGGCGACAACGGUCCUGGUGUCGGCCCAAGCUCGCGCAGAGCCAAGACCGACUAGACGUGCAUCUAUUCCUUCUGCAGCGUUGUGGCGGGAGCUCUUCAUUUCAUCUCACACUCUUGCUGCCGUCGAUAUGCUGUUGAGGCUUAUGUGCCCCCCCCCCUCUGGCGCCUGGAGAAAGCUGCUCUCUCUGCAGGUCGGCCACUUGCUUUUUACAGUCAAUCCAAUAAAAAACGGGACACCCGUGAUUUUGACCAUUGA